GAUUUUUGCUGCCCACACUCUCCCCAUCGGCUGCCAAACUUAACUCCAAAACUCGGAGCUCCGCCGCCCCCAAUCUCCCCUUCUCCGCUGGAGCCCCUCAGCCCUGCGGUGAAGGCCACUGGGAAGUCCUCACCGGUGUCCGACCACAAUCCUUUCAGCUUCAGUUGGAGUUCCGCCCCCUAAGGGAACGGCUGUCAGCAGAGACCCGGCGAGGACAACCACGUGCUCACUGUCCCUCUCACAGGUCCCAGCUCCUGAGUGACAGGGCGACUCCAGGUGUGAGCCAGCGGGCCCCUCCUCCUGCAGCCUGGCGGCCGGGGCGGCGCCGCGGGCAGGGCGGUGCAAAAGGCGGUCCCGCCCCGCACCCCUCGCUUGACUUUUGAGUGUCCCGUGGUCGCAGGAGCCGGGCAGCGGAGGCGCGCGCGGGCAGCCUGGGCACAGCCCGUCACCAGGAGGCGCCAUGUGGCCAUGUCCACUGGGGCUGCUGCUGCUGCUGGCUGGCGAGUCGGCCCCGGAUGCCCAGCGGGGUCGUGGGCGCCGCGAGCUAGCGCCGGGCCUGCACCUGCGGGGCAUCCGGGAUGCGGGCGGCCGGUACUGCCAGGAGCGGGACCUGUGCUGCCGCGGCCGGGCCGACGACUGCGCCCUGCCCUACCUGGGUGCUACCUGUUACUGUGACCUCUUCUGCAACCGCACCGUCUCCGACUGCUGCCCUGACUUCUGGGACUUCUGCCUCGGCGUGCCACCCCCCUUCCCCCCCAUCCAAGGAUGUACGCAUGGGAGUCGCAUCUAUCCAGUCUUGGGAACCUACUGGGACAACUGUAACCGUUGCACCUGCCAGGAGCAAGGGCAGUGGGAGUGUGACCAGGAGCCAUGCCUGGUGGACCAAGACAUGAUCAACGCCAUCAAUCAGGGCAACUACGGAUGGCGGGCUGGGAACCACAGUGCCUUCUGGGGCAUGACCCUGGAUGAGGGCAUUCGCUACCGCCUGGGUACCAUCCGCCCUUCUUCCUCUGUCACCAAUAUGAAUGAGAUUCACACAGUGCUGCGCCCGGGGGAAGUGCUGCCCACAGCCUUCGAGGCCUCUGAGAAGUGGCCCAACCUGAUCCAUGAGCCUCUAGACCAGGGCAACUGUGCUGGCUCCUGGGCCUUCUCCACGGCAGCCGUGGCGUCCGACCGCGUCUCAAUCCAUUCUCUGGGGCAUAUGACUCCUGUCCUGUCGCCCCAGAACCUGCUGUCUUGUGACACCCACAACCAGAGGGGCUGCCGCGGGGGGCGUCUCGACGGUGCCUGGUGGUUCCUGCGACGUCGAGGGCUCGUGUCUGACCACUGCUACCCGUUCGUGGGCCGGGAGCAGGACGAGGCUGGCCCGGCACCCCGCUGUAUGAUGCACAGCCGGGCCAUGGGUCGGGGCAAGCGCCAGGCCACCGCCCGGUGCCCCAGUAGCCAGGCCCAUGCCAAUGACAUCUACCAGGUCACGCCGGCCUACCGCCUCGGCUCCAGCGAGAAGGAGAUCAUGAAGGAGCUGAUGGAGAAUGGCCCUGUCCAAGCUCUCAUGGAGGUGCACGAGGACUUCUUUCUGUACCAGGGUGGCAUCUACAGCCACACGCCAGUGAGCCUUGGGAGGCCAGAGCGGUACCGCCGGCAUGGGACCCACUCGGUCAAGAUCACAGGGUGGGGAGAGGAGACACUGCCUGAUGGAAGGACGCUCAAAUACUGGACGGCGGCCAACUCCUGGGGCCCAGCCUGGGGCGAGAGGGGUCACUUUCGCAUCCUGCGCGGCGACAACGAGUGCGACAUCGAGAGCUUCGUGCUGGGCGUCUGGGGCCGCGUGGGCAUGGAGGACAUGGGGCACCGCUGAGGCCCUGGCACCGAGCCGGGCCGGCCGGCGGAAGAGCCCCUGGGGAGCACCCGCCCCGCCCCUCCCGACGCAGCUCCGGGCGCAGGCGGGCGCCUGGGGUCUAAUCCCCGCGCGCGGGUUCCGCUGACGCAGGGCCCGGCCUGGGAGCCGCGGGCAGGCGAGGCUGGCGGAGCCCCCAGACCUCCCAGCGGGGAUUGGGCAGGGCCUGGCCCGGGAGGAGCGGGCCUGAAGAUCCCAGGCCCCGGCACCCCAUCAAGACCACUAAAGCCAGGACACCGCCAAGUCUCCAGCCCACCCCCCUAUCCCACCCCACCCCUGUACUUUUAUUCUCCAAAGAUAUUUAUUUUUCUUUUCACUGUUUUAAAAAUAAAAAGAGUACUGAUCACUGUGGUACCCUCGAA